AUGGGGAUCAGAAAAUUCAAAUUAGCAGCUGUCCAAAUUGGAGGUAUCCAAAGAGCUACACCUAAAGAAGAAACCGUUCAAAGAUUAUGUAAAUUACUUAAUGAAAGUGCUGACAAUGGAGCUACAUUAGCAGUUUUCCCCGAAUUAUCAUUAACAUCAUUCUUCCCUCGUUGGUUGAUUGAAGAUCAAGAAGAAAUCGAUUCAUUUUUUGAAAAAGGAGAUAUCUCAAAAGGAGUGGUCAAACCAUUAUUUGAUGCUGCAAAGGAAAGAGGAUGUGGAUUUGUCUUAGGUUAUGCGGAAUUAACUGAUGAUGGUCAUAGAUUCAACACAUGUGUAUUAGUUGAUAAUCAAGGUCAAGUAGUACAAAAAUAUAGAAAAGCUCAUUUACCAGGGUAUGUUGAACCAACCGAAGGUAUUAAAUGGCAACAAUUAGAAAAGAAAUAUUUCGAAUAUGGAGAUUUAGGAUUCCCAGCUUUCAGACCAAAUAAAGAAUGGAUCGAUGGUAUUAUGGGAAUGUUGAUUUGUAACGAUAGAAGAUGGCCUGAAGCUUGGAGAGUUUAUGCCUUACAAGGAAUGGAAAUUUGUUUCAAUGGGUAUAAUACCACCGCUGAUGGUACUGCAUUAUUCAAUAAAGUUGAAAAUAAGGAGGUAAGAAUGUAUCAUAGUGAUUUAUCAACUAAAUCCAAUGCUUAUUGUAACUCCUGUUUUGCCGUUUCUGUAGCUAAAUGUGGUGUUGAAGAUGAUCAAGAAUUGAUUGCUGGUUCAUUAAUUGUAGACCCUAAUGGGUUAGUUAUUGCUCAAGCAAAGACCGAAGGUGAUGAGAUUUUAUAUGCUGAUAUUGAUUUAGAUGAAACCAUUAGUGGUAAACAAAAGAUGUUUGAUUUCUCUAGACAUAGACGUCCUGAAUUAUAUGGAAGAUUAGUUUCACAAAAAGGAGCUAUUCCAAUUGAAUAG